CACUGUGAGUGUGUGUUAACAACCAUUUCUUUUCUUUCUUUCUUUCUUUCUAUCUUCCUCCAGUAGUCCAACUUAUUUUGGUGGUGAACAAACAUAUCACCCUUAAAAAUUUGUUUUGGUUUUGUUUAGAUUUUGGAUACCACAUUCAAAGUUCCUUAGGAAAAUCGAAAAUCGACCUCGCAGGACAACUGCGAUCACUUGUGGUAUACUGUAUUACUAUAUCACAAGUUUCGCGUCCUAUAAUUGGGUUGCAAUACAGUGUGAUUGGCUCCUGCAGCGUGCAUCAUUUAUAUUAUCUUCAAGAAAUAAUGAUGGCCACAAGUAACAGUUGCGGGUACUCGCAGCUGUACCAUUACCAUGCUCUUAAUAAUCAUGUUAAUCUCAAUGUGAUGAGGUCUCCUACCCAAAAUUUUAAAACUAAGCAAUUUGCAAAUAAUGGAACAUCAUUGUCAUCACUAUCCGGCGGCCUGUCAGUAUCUCGUGCAAUGAUCAGCUACUGCUGCUGCAGGAGCAAUGGCAGUAGCAAUUCUAACAGCAUCAGGUGCUGCAGGUUUGUAGUCAGAGCCACAGGAACUGAUUCGUCGUCAGCCUCAGGCCAACAGCAAGAUGAAGCACAAAAAGAAGACGAAGCAGAAGAAGAAAAGUAUGAAGAGUAUGAGGUGGAAUUAGAGCAGCCUCUUGGAUUGAAAUUUGCCAAAGGAAGAGAUGGGGGUACCUAUAUUGAUGCCAUAGCCCCAGGGUAUUCUGCUGAUAAAUCAGGAAAGUUCAGUGUAGGGGACAAAGUUAUCGCCACUAGUGCAGUGUUCGGGACUGAAAUCUGGCCUGCUGCUGAGUAUGGUAGAACGAUGUACACUAUCCGUCAGAGGAUUGGGCCUCUCUACAUGAAAAUGCAGAGACGCUUUGGUAAUCUUGAUUAUGCUGGCGAGAUGUCUGAGAAGGAAAUUAUCCGAGCUGAAAGGAAUUCUGGUGUUAUCAGUGACCGUGUCAGAGAGAUUCAACGCCAAAAUUACCAGAGGAAGAUAGAGCAGAAAGAGCGCAGAGAAAGGGAACUUCGGGAAGGCCUCCAACUUUACAAGAGUGGAAAAUAUGAGGAGGCUCGUGAGAAGUUUGAAUCAGUUCUAGGAUCUAGGCCGACUACAACAGAAGCUUCAGUGGCUAGUUACAAUGUUGCUUGCUGUUAUUCAAAGCUUAAUCAGAUACAAGCUGGUCUAUCUGCACUUGAAGAUGCUUUGGAAGAAGGAUACGAAGAUUUCAAGAGAAUUCGAACUGAUCCAGACCUUGCAAACCUCAGGGCAACUGCUGAGUUUGACACACUAUUGAAAAGGUUUGAUGAAUCAUUCAUCAACGAAAAUGCAAUCAAUGCCAUUAAAUCUCUAUUUGGAUUCAACAAGAAGUAGAGAGAUAAUUUUAUAACACGAUACUUUCAUUGAGGUUAUCAUGUGUUAACACUGUUUAAGCAGAUACAUGUUCCAUAUCAUACAGAAAGAAAAUUGUCCUCCUAUAUUCAUUUAACAAAGAGAUACUUGCUUUGUCAAA